GGUGUAUUUUCUACUACAACAGUGGUGAUUUCUUGUAUCUGAGUUCUGACAUGGCUUCUCCUCAGAACAUGUUCAUCAUUGGCCUCUUCAUGACGAGUGUUUUGAUUGUGUUUUCACAACGACAUUUGAUCACCACAAUGCCAGAGAGAUUGGUUGUACUGAGUAACUCCUGUGUGCAAAUCCCAUGUACAUUUGAUAUUCCGGAAGACAAAAGAAAUGAUUUUAAAAAUACAGUAAAGAUCUCAGGAGUGUGGAUUAAAGAUUACCAUAAGGUUGAUCUGAAAAAUGUGAUAUUUAACAGCAGUAAAAAUGACAACAGGUAUCAAGGCAAGAUAACUGGAAACAUGUCCCAGAAGAACUGCACCACAGUGUUCUUCAAUGUAACCACCAGUUACACUAAUAAGUACUACUUCAGAAUUGAGAGUAAACCAUACAGUGCAACAGACCAUGAAAAGUAUGUUCAGAUCAAUGUCCAGGAUUCACCUGAACAACCUGACAUGACAUUCUUAGGUGACAUAAAGGAAGGGACUCCUGUCAGUUUAAAUUGUUCUGCUGUUGCUCCCUGUCCUGAACACCCGCCUAAACUAAUAUGGACUCUCCCAACAAACUCCACAUUUGAGAACCAAAUCCAGGAGAAUACAAAUCAAACAAUAACAGUUCUAUCCACGGUGAUCUUCAUUCCAUCAUACCAUCAUAAUGACAAGAACAUAACUUGUACUGCAGUCUACCCAGUAGGGACAAGCUUCAAGACAGUUGAACUUACCUGGACACUCCAUGUCAUAAGGCAAGAAAACUCAAAGGUCUGUUGGAUUGUUAAAGGAACUUUGUUGGUCGUUCUGCUUAUAUUGCUCAUCUCUUUCCUUGGAUGGAGAAAAUCCAAGCUCCCUGGUGGACUUGAAUGGACAAAUAAUCAAGUAGAACAGGUCAAUGAUAACCAGGUGCACGCUAACCAGGCUACGACCAGAAAGAAACCAGCAGAACUUGAAGGCCUGAGAUCAACUACCGUUAGAUCGACUUCAAACACAAAGAGACCCCAGCUACAGCCCAGGACAGAGACCAGCUAGACAGAGACUAGAGUACUCUGAAGUCAAUUGGACCAGGAGACGGACUAAGGAUCAGGAACCACCAGUUAACGCACAAGUGAAAAGUCAUGACUUUUAAGUAUAAUGUAAUUACUCCAUAUGGGUAAUUUAGUUAUUGAUUUUAGAAUGAUAGAUUCAUGUUCUUAAUGGAGAGGAAUCAGGAAAUAGAGAAUACCACCAUAUGCAGUAAUAAUAUUCUAAGAUAUUAAAUACCGAAUGUAUUGUUCUCUAUGUAACCCUUGUAUCCCCUUACAACAUAUUAAUACUUAUUUUUUAAUUUUUUAUUAUUUGUUUAUUUAACCUUUAUUUAUACAUAUAAAUAACUCUGAGACCAAGGCUUCUUUUGCAGCUGAGCCCUGUGUACAGCAAUUAUAAAUUCAAAAAUGACAGCUAACAACUACAUUUAACAGUGAAAUGUUCAUCUAUCAUUGAUUGAAAAUGACUAAUAGAACCCAAAUCAACAAGCUUUAAAUUGUUCUGCAAUUCAUUCCAUGACAGAGUUGCAUGGUACUCAAAAGCAGUUUUACCCACUUUUGAAUGAGCCAGAGGAAUCUCUAAGAUCAACCAAUCUUGGGAACAAGUUCUAUAAGUGCCAGUUCUCAAAGUUAUUUUAGAGGUAAGAUAGCAUGGCAGUUUAUGCAUUAUAGCCCUAUACAUAAACAACAACCAGUGUCUGGUCCUCCCGGAAACCAAGGAGCCCCAGCCAACUUGAGUGUACAAAAAACAAUGAUGAGUGGAACUAUGUUCUAUGACAUAGUUCUAUGAUCUAUAUAUGUUCUACCAGCUCUUUGAAGAGGUUCGUAAGAAAGUGUACCUUUAUAUUCCGCCGCUGCUGUUGAUUCAGACCUCAUGACCACGCACACAAAUACAACGUGACUGUCACGGUUGUAGAUUUGGAGACGGAGGCAGGCGCUGAAAUUCAAGGGUUUCCCCUUUUUUAUUAAACAAAAAUUAAAGAAAACCAAACGGAGUGCCGGGCACUACAAAAAUACUUGAGGGUUCAAUGGGUCCGUGGUUCAAAGGCACAGGGGCACACAAACAUGACAGGUAUACAUACACAAUGACCAACAAUGACAAGGAGAAAAGGGCUGAACUAAAUACCAUGACAAACCAU